AUGCAGAAAUAUAUUAUUAUUAUUAUUAUUAUUAUUAUUAAACUCAUACCAAAAAUGUGGAGAAAGAUGAAGAUAAUUCCUUUGCCCAAGAAAGCAUCUGGUGAUAAGAAUGUAAAAUUUAGACCUAUUGCAAUAACUUCACCCUUCCUCAAAACCAUGGAAAAAUUAUUAUUACUUCCACUUCAGCCUGCGAUAAAAGAGCAUACUGACCCAUACCAGUUUGCAUACAGGCGCAAAAGAAGCACUUUAGAUGCUGUUGCUGUUCUGCAUCACAACAUAGUGUUCAACUUAGAAAAGGGUAAGAAGUAUGUUCGAUGUGCUUUUCUGGACUAUACUUCAGCUUUUGAUUCUAUACCAGGACAACGUUUAAUUAACAAGUUAAUCAGCGUCAACACUGA